AUGGGCGUGCUGCUGCCUUCGUGCCCGGCGGCGACGGCGAUGGAGAGGGCCGGGGAGAACCGGAGGCCGGUGGUGGGCAAGCCCGUGCCCAGCGUCCGAGAGAUGGGGAAUCGGAGGCCGCUCAAGGAACUCAACAACCUCGCGGGGGCUCACCCGUACCCCCGCGCCAUCGCCAAGAAGCCGAUGCUAGAGAAGAGUGGGAGGGAUGAGAAGAAGCCAGCAUUGGUGAGCCAUCGUCCUAUGACGAGGAAAGUCGCCCUCUUAUUGGAGAACAAAGAACAACUUGUCCAUCCGGCCACCGCAGCUGAUGCGGCAAAACCCGGAGUUGAUCCCCAGGAUGAGCCCAUCCCCGAUGACACUGAUGAAGAGAUCGAGUCGGCCGAGGACGAUACUGACAUGGAUGAGGAAGAACAGGAGGAUAUUGUGGAUGAUGUAUCCCUCAUGGACAUCGACAGCGUCGACUCCGGGAAUCCGCUGGCCGCAACUGAGUACGUCGAAGAGAUUUACAGGUUCUACAGAGAAAAUGAGAAAAUGAGCUGUGUGCGUCCUGAUUACAUGUCCAGUCAAGAAGACAUAAAUGAAAAGAUGAGAGCUAUUCUGAUAGAUUGGCUCAUUGAGGUUCAUUACAAGUUUGAGUUGAUGGAUGAGACACUCUUUCUUACCGUGAACAUAAUAGACAGAUACUUGGAAAAACAAGUGGUGCCAAGGAAGAAGUUGCAGUUAGUUGGAGUGACAGCUAUGCUUCUUGCUUGUAAAUAUGAGGAAGUCUCAGUUCCAGUUGUUGAAGAUUUAGUGCUCAUUUCUGACCGGGCUUACACUAAAGGACAGAUUCUUGAAAUGGAAAAGUCGGUCCUAAACACUCUGGAGUACAACAUGUCUGUACCAACGCCAUAUGUUUUUAUGAGAAGGUUCCUGAAGGCAGCUGAUUCUGACAAGCAGCUGCAGCUAGUUUCUUUCUUCAUGCUUGAGCUCUGCCUGGUUGAAUACCAAAUGCUCAAGUACUGCCCUUCGCUGCUUGCUGCCGCUGCAGUUUACACUGCACAGUGUGCUAUCAAUCGCUGCUGGCAGUGGACAAAGAUCUGCGAGACACAUAGCAGAUACACUAGAGAUCAGCUCAUUGAGUGCUCCAAAAUGAUGGUACAAUUCCACCAGAAGGCAGCAGGGGGCAAGCUUACAGGCGUUCACAGGAAAUACAGUACAUUCAAGUUUGGUUGUGUGACGAAAGUGGAGCCUGCGCACUUCUUGCUGGGGGGAUGA